AUGGGCGCUAGCAAUUGCAAACCGUGUCGAAAAAAGAAAAAAACGUUUUCUGGGGGGUCCAUACUCGAUAGAGUUAUCAGUCAAGCUUCUAAUCAAGACCAGUGUCUUUUAUACAAAUUGGCAAAUUACAAAAAGGGUGGUGAGCUAAUAGAAGCAUACAAUCAAGGAGGUACGAUAGAAGUCGAGAAAUUAAUUCGUGAACAAUUUGGACAACUAAUGUAUCAAGAAGGAAAGGGCCAAAUCAUCAAUAGAUCUGAGUAUUUACGAUGGAAAUUUAGGGAUCAUGAGCAAGUUACAUUACCGAUAGAAGCGUCUUUAAGCAGAUAUGAUCCAUUAGGAAAGUGGGAGGAUCACGAAGCAUGUUGGGAAAUGCAAUAUCGUGGUUCAUUGGGUGAAACAUUAUUACAUGUAUUAAUUAUUUGUGAUACCAAAAUACAUACAAGGUUAGCUAGAACAUUGAUAAAGUGCUUCCCGAAAUUAGCCUUAGACGUUGUGGAAGGAGAAGAAUAUUUAGGUGCUAGUGCCCUCCAUUUAGCGAUAGCAUAUAACAAUAAUGAAUUAGUGCAGGAUUUGGUAGAGGCAGGUGCAAACGUGAAUCAAAGAGCCGUAGGUAGUUUCUUUCUCCCUAGGGACCAACAGAGACCCAAACCAGCAAAACAUACGGAAUACGAAGGUUUGGCAUAUUUGGGAGAGUAUCCUCUAGCUUGGGCUGCUUGUUGCGCCAACGAGAGUGUCUACAAUCUACUGUUAGAUAGUGGAGCAAAUCCUGACUACCAAGAUAAUUUUGGAAAUAUGAUAUUACAUAUGGUCGUUGUCUGUGAUAAAUUGGAUAUGUUUGGUUACGCUUUAAGACAUCCCAAACUGCCAGCCAGUAAUGGAAUUGUUAACAAAGCUGGUUUAACACCAUUGACACUUGCUUGCAAAUUGGGUCGUGCAGAAGUAUUUAGAGAAAUGUUGGAACUAUCCGCUAAAGAGUUUUGGCGGUACAGUAACAUUACAUGUUCGGCAUACACCCUAAAUGCUUUAGACACAUUAUUACCUGAUGGAAGUACAAAUUGGAAUUCUGCUCUAUUUAUAAUUUUAAACGGAACCAAAGAAGAACAUUUAGACAUGCUAGAUGGAGGUAUUAUUCAAAGGCUACUCGAAGAGAAAUGGAAAACUUUUGCAAGGAACCAAUUUUUAAAAAGGCUUCUUAUUUUAGUAGUACAUUUAAUUUUCUUAUCGUUGGCUGCGUAUGUUGCAGAAGUAGGAACAAUACUAGGUGUUUUAAGUUAUGUCAUAUUUCAACAAGGUGACGAAAUCAGAAACCAAGGUCUUUGGACUUUUCUAAGACAACAAUCAAAUUCUCCACCAAAAACCAUAUUUUUAAUAUCGAAUCUCCUUAUACUAUGCUGCAUUCCAUGUAGACUGUCAGAAGAUAGAAAUACAGAAGAAGCUAUUUUACUAUUCGCAGUACCUGGUUCCUGGUUUCUGUUGAUGUUCUUUGCGGGGGCCGUACGCUUAACUGGACCUUUUGUGACCAUGAUAUAUAGUAUGAUAACUGGUGACAUGUUAACUUUUGGAAUAAUUUAUACUAUAGUUCUUUUUGGAUUUUCCCAGUCUUUUUUCUUUUUGUACAAAGGAUUUCCUGGAGUUAAUUCUACCUUAUAUUAUAGCUAUCCUACUACCUGGAUGGCGCUCUUUCAGAUUACAUUAGGAAAUUAUGAUUACCAAGAAUUAGGUUCAACGACUUAUCCUGCUGUGGCAAAAACAGUUUUUGCCCUUUUUAUGGUUUUUGUUCCAAUUUUAUUACUAAACAUGUUGAUAGCUAUGAUGGGGAACACGUAUGCACACGUUAUCGAGCAAAGUGAAAAGGAGUGGGUAAAACAGUGGGCCAAGAUAGUGAUUGCAUUGGAAAGAGCUAUUCCUCAAUCAGACGCUCACCAUUAUUUGCAAGAAUACAGCAUUUCAUUAGGAGGCGGUGAUGAUCCCAGCACUGGCUCAGAGGUGUUAUGGUCAUUAAAUCAAAAAGUAAAACGCGAGCUAAACAACGCAAGGGAGCAGUUGCAAAUUGGAAUGGUAACGAAUAUUUUUACGUAA